AGAGCGAAGGGAAGAUUAGAUUUGUGUGCCAGCAGUAAAUUACCGUAUUUGGGACUCUUCAUGCUUUGCAGUGAUCUUCAAAUCUCGAUGUACUCCGGUAAUUGGUUCGCCGGCGUUUAUUAGUCUCUGUUUCGCGCUGAAUUUAACGGCGGUCGCUAUCCGGUUUUCUGCUCCCCGUGCAUUUUGAAUCCGCCGGCAACCGUAUAUCGUUGUGCCUAAAAUGAAUGAGAACAGCCCAUUGGAGGGUACUCUCCACAAUAUUCUCCGCUUAAUCAAUCCCUUAGAAGAGGACCGGUCUCAGAGAUUUCAAGUCAUCCAAGAACUUCGAGCUAUUGUUCAAAACAUACAUAGUCUGAAAGGCAAGCAGAUGCAACUGUGGAACCAUAUGGAUCUUUUGUGUCGGAUCUAUUCACAAAAUGGGGAGAUAUUGAUGUAUGUGUUGAGUUGGGCAAUGCUUGUGCACUUACUAACAAGGAGAAGCUAACUUUACUUAUAGACAUACUAAAAGAAUUGAAAAGUAGAGGCGGGUACAAUAGACUGAAAUUAAUCAGCAGUGCAAGAGUCCCCAUUUUGAUGUUUCGUGGAAAGCACAACAUCUCUUGUGAUUUAUCAAUAAAUAGUAUUGAUGGUAAAAUAAAGUCGAAGUUAUUGUACUGGAUCAGCUCGAUUGAUGGCCGUUUUCGUGACAUGGUUUUACUGGUUUGUUCUUUGUAACAUUUAUUGAUGCAACAGCAUAUGGAUUUGAUAAAUUAUGAUGGAAUGUAAUGUGGUCUUAUACAACAUGCAUUUGAUUCCAUCACUUCCAUUUCAUUACAGUUUACCAAAAUGUCACCUUCUUUUUAAGAGUGUUUUAAAAGCCUUUUCUUCUGGAAGGUCAAGGAGUGGGCAAAGACACAUAACAUCAACAACUCAAAAUGUGCAACUCUAAACUCGUAUUCGCUCUGCCUGCUUGUCAUCUUCCAUUUUCAGACGUGUGUGCCUCCAAUUUUACCCCCGCUAAAAGAAAUUUACCCUGGAAAUGUUAUGGUUGAUAUUAAAGAAGCAAGGGUUGAGCAAAAGAAUAUGCAGGAAUUAUGCUCAUCCAACAUUAAUCGAUUCAUACAAAAUGUGUCGAGAGCUCACAAUCAGAGUUCUCUUUCUGCGCUUUUCACCUCAUUCAUUGCUGGGUUACGUGACUUGAGUUCAAGAGCCCCUAAGCAAGGGAUUAAUACAUAUGCUGGACAAUGGGAGGACAUUGAAGGCAACAUGAGAUGGUUACCUAAUAAGUAUCCUUUAAUUGUAAUCUUCUCCAACUAUAUCUAUCCAAAAAAAUAAAUAAAUAGAGCUCGUUUGGCAAAGCUUAAAAUGUCUGAAUCAACACAAAUUUGGUGAAAAUGGCUGAUUUAUCGAAUUUACUUAACAUAUGUUUUUUAGUUUUUUUUUAAGAAAAUAAUAUCUAAAAUUUAAUGUUGAAGCAUCAUUUUCAUUAGUUUCAUCAAUUUGAACACUACACUUGACAUUUGUGCUGCUUAUUUCUUACUCUCAGCCAAUUAAGUGUCAUGAAAUAAGUUGGUGUUUGGUGAACAAUCAAAUGCAAUAAGCCAGAAAUAGUUCAUGCCUACCAAACAGGUACUUGGUGUAAAUUGUUGAAUGGUUCUGAUAAUUCUCUGUUUGUGUUAACUGUUAACAGAUUGAAGAUCCAUUUGAACAGCCAAUGAAUGCAGCAAGGGUUGUAAGCAAAAAACAACUCCUGAGGAUAGCACAGACUUUCAAUAGGACAUAUGAUGUGCUUGUAUCUCCCAACCAAAACCCAGAUUUGCUUAUGUCUACUCUUGUGAGAUCACAAGUGUUAAAAUUGUGUGCAACAACCAAUGCUACAAGAGCCAAGCAGCCUCAGCCGACAAAAACCAAGCAGCCUCAGCCGAAAAGAAACAAGCAGCCUCAGCCGACAAGAAACAAGCAGCCUCAGCCGACAAAAACCAAGCAGCCUCAGCCGACAGGAAACAAGCAGCCUCACCCUCAGCCAAAAGUCAGCGAGGCAUUUGGUGCCCCUACUCAAGUUCAGGCACAGCCUGUUACACAGCCAGGGCAAGAAGCAUUUAGUUCCAUUCAUGUCCGGGCACAAUCUGUUGCGCAGUCAGGGCAGGCAUUUGGUGACCCUAAAGAUCGGGCACAAUCUGUUGCGCAGUCAGGGCAGGCAUUUGGUGCCCCUCAAGUUCGGGCACAAUCCGUUAUGCAGCCAGGGCGGGCAUUUGGGGCUCAUCAAGUUCAGGCACAGCAUGCUAUGCUGCCAGGGCAGGCAUUUGAUGCCCAUCAAGUUCAGGCACAACGUGUUAUGCAGCCAGGGCAGGCGUUUGGUGCCCAUCAAGUUCGAGCGCAACCAGGGCAUGCAUUUGGUGCCCUCCCUCAAGUUUGGGCACAGCGAGGGCAGGUGUUUGGUGCCCUUCCUCAAGUUUGGGUGCAGCCAGGGCAGGCAUUUGGUGCCCAGCAAGUUCGGGCACAUCCUGUUAUGCAGCCAGGGCAAGCAUUUGGUGGCCAUCCUCAUGCUUGGGCACAUCCUGCUAUGCAGUCGAGGCAGGCAUUUGGUGCCCCUCCUCAGGGUUGGUUACAAGUCUUACAACCUGUUAUGUACCCAUCUGAUGGACAACCACAGAGUAUAGUGCGUAGACCUGCCAAGACUCCGCGACUCCAGUGGGAUUAGAAUCUGAUAAGCAAAUUGCAGAUUGGUCCUAUGGUUUUGCAUUAGUUUGUAUCAUGGUGUAUUCCUUUUCUGUUUCACUCUUUUAACUGUAUCAUUGUCUUCUUUCAAGGGUCCAUUUGAAUGGAUAGAAUUGUUUUCAAAUGGGAAGGCUUUCGAGUGCUUUUUUGAGCACGUUAUUCAAAGGUUUUACGUUUGCAUGUUUGUGUUGAUCUUUUGAGUUUGUAAAAUGAAACUGCUGCGUGUGG